CGCCCUCCAAUAUAUCACUCAGGCUCUGGGGAGCGGCCCCUUCGCCUCCGAGCUGACCCUGUCGUGGGCAGUGUCGUCUGGGCGGCGCUGCGGAGACCUCCACUCAGGACGGCUCCCCCUCCCCGGGCCUCUCCCCUCUUACCCGCGAGUCCCCUCACCUCGUGGGCCUAUCGGAUCUGAUAUCGUGGGGUGAGGUGAGAGCAGGCCCGGGGAGGGUGGUUACCGCUGAAGAGCCGUAGUCGCGGUCAAGAUGAUAGAGGUACUGACAACAACUGACUCUCAGAAACUGCUACACCAGCUGAAUGCCCUGUUGGAACAGGAGUCGAGAUGUCAGCCAAAGGUCUGCGGCUUGAGACUAAUUGAAUCUGCACACGAUAAUGGCCUCAGAAUGACUGCAAGGCUAAGGGACUUUGAAGUAAAAGAUCUUCUCAGUCUAACUCAGUUCUUUGGCUUCGACACGGAGACAUUUUCUCUAGCUGUGAAUUUACUGGACAGAUUCCUGUCCAAAAUGAAGGUACAGCCCAAGCACCUUGGGUGUGUUGGGCUGAGCUGCUUCUAUUUGGCUGUUAAAUCAAUAGAAGAGGAAAGGAAUGUCCCAUUGGCAACUGACUUGAUCCGAAUAAGCCAGUAUAGGUUCACGGUUUCAGAUUUGAUGAGAAUGGAAAAGAUUGUAUUGGAGAAGGUGUGUUGGAAAGUCAAAGCUACUACUGCCUUUCAGUUUCUGCAACUCUACUAUUCACUCAUUCAAGAGAACUUACCAAUUGAAAGGAGGAAUAGCCUUAAUUUUGAAAGACUAGAAGCUCAACUUAAGGCAUGCCACUGCAGGAUCAUAUUUUCUAAAGCAAAGCCUUCUGUGUUGGCAUUGUCUAUCAUUGCACUGGAGAUCCAAGCACAGAAGUGUGUAGAGUUAACAGAAGGAAUAGAAUAUCUUCAGACACAUUCCAAGAUAAAUGGCAGAGAUUUGACCUUCUGGCAAGAACUUGUAUCCAAGUGUUUAACUGAAUAUUCAUCUAACAAGUGUUCCAAACCAAAUGUUCAGAAGUUGAAAUGGAUUGUUUCUGGACGUACUGCACGGCAACUGAAGCACAGUUACUACAGAAUAACCCACCUUCCAACAAUUCCUGAAAUGGUCCCUUAAUUGGAUUGUUACGGCAACAAAAAGCUCUUCUCUGAAGCCUUUCUCCACAAUCCUGAGCUAUGGAUUCUAUAAUGUUUUAACGGAUUUAAGCUGUGAAGCCUCAGAACAUCACAACUAGAUUAGCAUUGAUGUUCUCAGAUUUGGCAAAACUACCUAAUUAAUAAGCUAUAGGGGAAUUAAAAUAAAUUUGAAUUCAUCUGUGAGGCAUACAAUUCAAAGCUAAGAGCAUAAAUGUGAAAUGUUAAUAACAAGCCUGGGAAGGUGAACUGUGAAUCUUCAUUUCUAACAUUGACCCAACCUUCUAUAUUGGGUCAGUAUAUUGUAUUUAGAUGGUAUUAAAAGUGGUAACCUAAUUAAAUUCUAAAUUAGGAGGUAGACAUCAAAACCAACAUUUCACAAAUGCACUUUUAAGGCAUAACAAGGGUCACUAUUCGAGGCAGUGAAAAUGGUUUCUUGGUACCUGUAGUGCAAGUAAUAGAUAAUCCAGAGAUGGAACUUUAUUGAUACGUGGGAAUUAUACUUAAAUUUGAAGGCAUUUUAUAAAAGUAAAACUACAGGCCUAGUCAUUUUGGCAUACUAAGUUGUCUUUAAGAUUUUUUCUAAAAAAUAGGUAAUGUUUGUAUCCAUGAUAAUAAUUACAUAUCUACUGCCUCCAUCUAAUCACAUCAAGAAAAUUUGUUUAUUGUGUGAGUAGUUCAAAAUAACUUCACUCCAAAAACUUGCUGAUUUAACACUCCAGAAACUUUUACUGAGGGCUGUUUUUAUAAAAACUGCUAUUGCUUCUAAUUUAGAAUUUUUAAAGGAAAAGAAUAUACUUUCACUAAUUGCCCCUCCUGUGCCAAAAGAAAGUCUUUAAAAAUGUAAGUAGGCAUCUUCAUAAUUAUGAAGUUGCUAAGGUAGUAUUCAAGAUUUUCUAUUAAGUCAGUGACUGUAAGGAGAUCUACGGCAUUAAAAGUGUUGUAGACAGUUACUCAGUGCAGCAAGUAGCCUGAGUUCAUCCAUAAUGGCUGUACCCAGUUCUGACAUCAUGUUGUGGGUAAAUGUGCACUAGAAAAUAAACCAAAGAACCACAAUAUAUCUUACAGUUUUGUGAACUGUGUUUUGUGGAUAACUUCAAUUUUCCCAAAAGGCUGAUAUAUUUCAAUAAUUGACUACAUCAGUGUUAAUUUUGAGUUGGCAGAGGUAGCCUAACCAACUACCAUUAUGUUUUGGUACUAAGGGAUAUACCUUUCAAUAAAGUCAUUGAAAUGCA